GUGUGAAGGGCUGGGCGCUGACUUCCGGCUUGCUGAGAUCAGACAGCAGCGGCAGUAGCAGCUUCAGUGCUGAAAUCAGGGCGGAUUCACGGAGUCUGGUGAAAGAUGGACAGUCAAGGCAGGAAAGUGGUGGUCUGUGACAACGGGACCGGGUUUGUCAAAUGUGGAUAUGCCGGCUCUAAUUUCCCCGAGCACAUUUUUCCAGCUCUGGUCGGGAGACCCAUCAUCCGUUCCACUGCCAAAGUGGGAAACAUUGAGAUUAAGGACCUGAUGGUUGGCGAUGAGGCCAGCGAGCUGCGCUCCAUGCUUGAGGUGAACUACCCGAUGGAGAACGGCAUUGUGAGGAACUGGGAUGAUAUGAAGCACCUCUGGGAUUACACCUUCGGGCCUGAGAAACUCAACAUCGACUCACGAAACUGCAAGAUCCUGCUCACGGAGCCGCCUAUGAACCCUACCAAGAACAGAGAGAAAAUCAUUGAGGUGAUGUUUGAGACCUAUCAGUUUUCCGGGGUUUAUAUUGCCAUCCAGGCUGUACUUACACUUUACGCUCAAGGUUUGCUGACGGGGGUUGUGGUGGACUCUGGUGACGGUGUCACUCAUAUUUGUCCAGUGUAUGAAGGUUUCUCCCUCCCUCAUCUCACACGCCGUCUGGACAUCGCCGGGAGGGACAUCACACGCUACCUCAUCAAGCUGUUGUUGUUGAGGGGUUACGCCUUCAAUCACUCAGCCGACUUUGAGACUGUGAGAAUGAUGAAGGAGAAGUUGUGUUACGUGGGCUAUAACAUCGAGCAGGAGCAGAAGCUCGCUUUGGAGACCACCGUGCUGGUGGAGUCGUACACGCUGCCGGACGGCAGGGUGAUUAAAGUGGGCGGAGAGCGGUUUGAAGCUCCUGAAGCGUUGUUCCAGCCUCACCUCAUCAAUGUUGAGGGAGUGGGCGUGGCCGAGCUGCUUUUUAACACCAUCCAUGCAGCCGACAUUGAUACCAGGGCUGAGUUUUACAAACACAUUGUUUUAUCGGGCGGUUCUACGAUGUAUCCCGGCCUGCCGUCCCGUCUGGAGCGUGAACUCAAGCAACUGUACCUGGAGCGAGUGUUGAAGGGAGAUGUCGACAAACUCUCGAAAUUCAAGAUCCGCAUCGAAGAUCCUCCACGCCGUAAGCACAUGGUGUUUUUGGGCGGAGCGGUCUUAGCAGACAUCAUGAAAGACAAAGACAACUUCUGGAUGACCCGAGAGGAGUACCAAGAGAAAGGCACACGCGUUCUAGAGAAGCUGGGGGUUACUGUUAGAUAAAUCACACACACAUACAUGCACCGCACCAAACAUCACAUACUUGCACCCACAUUAUCCAUCACGCCGGGUGACGUUUUGGCAGCGUAAACAGACUUUUUUUGGCAGACUGUGAGAAUAUACUUGAGGAUACCAAUCAAAUACUUGAACUCCCUUUGCAAUCCAAAAAACAAGUGCUCGAUGUUUGUACGACAUUCCAAAUGUAACGGUUCGUAGCUGAAGAGGGAAUAAAAAAUCAAACCUGUUUACGCUGGCAAAAUGUAUCCUAAAUAAUCCCUCUUGUUCACCAUAUCAUGAUCUCAUGUUUAUUUUGGUUGCUGUCGCAGUCUACAUUGACCCUAAUGAAAAGAAAUGUCACUCAAAAGACACAGGAGGAUGGAGGUGGUGUGCAAGUAGAGAGACAAAAAGAUGUAUUUUUAAGACGACUUUAAGUAUGUAAAACAUCAUUUUUUGUAAUAUGAAUAAAAAUAACAGCAGCCAGUUUGCUAUUGAAAAGAAAUGAAGAUAGUAAAGAUUUGUGGCCGACCGUAUCAAAUAAUAGACAUUCCUCUGAAGGCAGACUGCUUUUGCUGAAUUGUUGACUUUCUUUAACUUGCUGUAUUAAUGUCUUUCUGUGUUUUUAAUCGCCGCGCUUGACUUAAAGUGAAAUAGCAGUAGGGACCAAUACUCCCAAUAAGGAAUUCAUGUGGAACAGUAUGAAUCCAUUUCAUUUUGGUACAGAAAAUCUCUUUGCUGCAUCAACUCAUUUUAGUUUUAAGACUUUCAUAAAAAUAUGUUUUUGAACGGUUUGAAAGGAAAACCAUUAAAUUGCAUUCUGGUUGAAUCUCAUGAAACAUGUUGGGAACGUCAUCAACCUUCAUUUAAGGACCAUUUUGCAUCACAUCCCCCCUCACAUUUCUCCUCAGUUUUAAGCUCUGGUCUGAAUGUGACCUGGACAUGUUUUCAUGAGAUUCAUGCGGAACUAAACACGUUCAGUUGUAGUUUGCGCAGGUAUCCGGGCUGCUGGUCUUAAUUGUGGAUUUAAUUAUCAUGUCUGUUGUUCCAUCGCAGUAACCCCGCGUCCUUCUCCCCGCUCAAACCAACCGCAACCGGUUUGUUUAGUCUCCUAACAAAUAUCAGUCCCGCUCUUUUCCGCUGAGGAACGUCACACCUUUGUUCACUUUCUCUCAUUUUUCUUUUACGUUCUUGCGUCAUGUUUUUGCUUUUUUAAUGUGGGUUGUUGAGUCAGGACGCGGUCUGGGAAUGGAAGGUGACGAUGACACCCGGGUGACCGCCGGGCAAAUCCGUGUCAGACGCUUCACUCCCAGACCAAAGGUGGCUUGAGAUGUACUGAUUUUUUUGCUCAUUUGUAAUAUGAAUGAUAUAAUGAUGGUAUUGAUGAUGAGAAUUUGAGUGUCUGUAAGCUGGAUUUGCAUUGUUUCUGUGUUUGGUCUUGGGUUUGCACACGAUCUUCACACGUUGAAACAAAUCUCACAUGCAUUCAUCAUUCCUGUGCCAAGUUUGGGUAUUGUAGUUGGAUCAAGACGUUUUGUUUGUUUGUUUUUCUGCUUUUUGUUUGUUUGUAGCGUACUGCUGGACUUGAUUUAAAUAAAGCAAACUGAUUUAUAACUUAACGCUUAAAGUGAGUCUUUU